AUAAAUUGUCAUCGCUCCACUGCCAAAACCCUAGACCUCAAAGCUCGACGAAAUGUCAGCUGCCGCCGCCCGCCCCCUCGUCACCGUGCAGUCGCUGGAGAGCGACAUGGCCACCGACGCCAAUUCCGUUCCCCUCCCCGAUGUCAUGAAGGCGGCGAUCCGACCGGAUAUUGUCACCUUCGUCCACGGCCAGAUCUCGAAGAACGCUCGCCAGCCCUACGCCGUCUCCAAGCGCGCCGGCCACCAGACCUCCGCCGAAUCGUGGGGAACCGGCCGCGCCGUGUCGCGUAUCCCCCGUGUCGCCGGAGGCGGAACGCACCGCGCCGGUCAGGGAGCCUUCGGCAACAUGUGCCGCGGAGGCCGCAUGUUCGCGCCGACGAAGAUCUGGCGCCGCUGGCACAGGCAGGUGAACGUGACGCAGAAGCGCCACGCCGUCGUAUCGGCGAUCGCCGCUUCCGCAGUUCCGUCGCUGGUGCUGGCUCGCGGCCACAAAAUUGAGGAGGUGCCGGAGCUGCCGUUGGUCGUCUCUGACGCCGCUGAGGCUGUGGAGAAGACCAGCGCGGCGCUGAAGGUUUUGAAGCAGAUCGGAGCUCAUCCAGAUGCGGAGAAGGCCAAGGAUAGCCAGGCAAUUAGGGCUGGAAAGGGUAAAGCACGUAACCGCAGAUAUGUUUCCAGGAAGGGGCCGCUUGUUGUGUACGGAAACGAGGGGGCAAAACUCGUCAAAGCUUUCAGGAACAUUCCUGGAGUUGAGAUUGCUCAUGUUUCUCGCCUCAAUUUACUGAAAUUGGCACCAGGAGGACACAUCGGAAGGUUUAUCAUCUGGACCAAGUCUGCGUUCCAGCAGCUCGAUGCGAUUUACGGAACCUUUGACAAGCUUUCUGAGAAGAAGAACGGGUAUGUUCUUCCGAGGGCUAAAAUGGUCAAUGCUGACCUAGCUAGAAUCAUCAAUUCCGACGAGGUUCAGUCUGUAGUAGCCCCAAUCAAGAAGGAGGUAAAGAGGGCGCCACUAAAAAAGAACCCUCUGAAAAAUUUAGGUGUCAUGCUUAAGCUUAACCCUUACGCCAAGGCUGCUAAGAGGAUGGCCCUUUUGGCGGAGGCGCAGAGGGUUAAGGCCAAACAGGAUAAGCUUGAUAAGAAGAGGAAACCAAUCACUAAGGAGGAAGCUUCGGCGAUCAACUCAGCUUCCAAAUCCUGGUACAAGACCAUGAUAUCAGACAGUGACUACACCGAAUUCGAGAACUUCACAAAGUGGUUGGGUGCAUCUCAGUAAUUGAAAUAUUAAUUUCAGUCUGUUAUAGUCUUUAUGUUAAUCUUGAACUCAGUUGCUUUCGGGCUCUUGCUGCAAAAAUUUUGGUUUAGACACUAUUUCGAGUUUUGUUUACCUUAUUACUAUUAUCGUGUGAUUACUAUUAUUUGCA